AUGGACGAAGAGGAAUCUCGCGAUAUCACUACUCUGAUCACUGUCGAUCUUAGAAAGGUAAGACGAUUAUAGCUUCGAUCUUCCAUUUUUAUUCAUUUUCUCCGCCAUUCUUGUCUGGAGACGAACGAAUUAGUCUUUGAAAAUGCGUGGCUUUUUGAAUCUAUUGAGUGACAAUCUGUUCCCGGCUGAUAGGACCCCACGCCUGCUCCCUCGAUCAACGAAGAGGACUCUCGCGAUAUCACUCCUCUCAUCACUGUCGAGCUUAGAAAGGCAGGGCGAUUGUAGCUUCGUUCUUUCAUUUUAUUUAUUGUCUCCACCAUUUUUUCUCAGGAGAUGGACGAAUAAGUCGUUGGAAAAUGCGUGUUUUUGUAGAACUGUUGACUGACGAUAUAUUCCCGGCUGAUAAGACCCCACCCCCGCUCCCUCGAUCAACGAAGAGGACUCUCGCGAUAUCAGUUCUCUCGUCAUUGUCGAGCUUCGACAAGUAGGACAAGCUCGAGCUUAGAAAGGCAAAGCGACGGUAGUUUCGUUCUUCCAUUUUUAUUCAUUUUCUCCGCCAUUCUUUCUAAGGAGAAGAACAGAUAAGUCGUUGGGCAUGCUUGUUUUUUUGUCGGUCUGUUGACUGACUUCUGUUCCCGUCUGAUUGAACUCCAAGCCUGGUCCCUUGAUCAAAGAAAAGGAGUCUCGCGAUAUCAGUUCUCUCAUCACCGUCGAUCGCGGUCCGGUUGUUUCAUGAUAGUUAUGUUCCAGGCCAUGCUUACUUGUCAUUUUGCCACGGGGGGCUAAUCACUUUUUAUAAUAUCAUUACCCAGAUUUCUUCUUUACAUGACGUGGGGUUGGAUGGGCAGCUGACACCGAAUCCAUUAAAUAUAACGAAAGAGACAAGACCCGAGUUCAAUGCCUAGCAGGUUUGGUGCCUUGCCAGAUGGUUACUAUGUCUCAUGGAAUCCCCUAGUCUACCCUUCUCUCUGUGCUUGAUCACGGAUUUAGGGGGCCAAUAUGAUCAAUUAUUUCGUUUUAACCUUGGUUUUGGUUAGUCUAAAGCGAUGCAACGCCUAUUCACUACGGUUUUCUUUGUUCUCAUCCGCUCUAAUCCAGAGGAGAACCAAAGACGGUGGAGGAGAGACGGAGAAGCUUCCUCUUCUUCAUAGCAGUGGGGCUAUGAAGAAGAGCUGGAGGUUCUUAUCGGUUUUGGGUGUAGGGAUGUUUGGUGAAGGAGGUGACUCAGGAGUUGGUGAAGGGCUGCUGGCUCGACCACACCAUGGACAGAGACAUCGGCGGGAUGACGGACUAGAACAACCAUUACGUACGGUUCCUACCCGCUCCGUCGCAAACUUCUAGAGGAAGAAGCUGGUGAAGAUGAGGAGGCGCCGGAAGAAGAAGAAGAAGAGGACUGGUAAGGGGUAGGGUCCUUUUACGAUGCCAUGCGAUCCGAUGGGGACGUUGACUGGUUUCAUGUCUCGCAUAGUCUGGAAGAAGGUUCGGCAGAAAAUAUAAGAUUAUGAGUCCUUACAGGGGCUUCCAACGUGAGUUUACGGAGAAACAGCUUAUUUUAUGGGACGAAAGAAUCGGGCUAAUAGGACGCUCCUGAUCCUGACUCACAACGACGCUCAAAUUCGAUUACCGGGCAAAAGAAUUCGCUUACAUCGACCAGAGCGUCAGUUUAAAAUCGCUUAAUCCAAGUCUAAGAUUCUAAAACUUGUUCGAGUGAUGAAACCGGUUCUUUGCAAGACGAAAUACCAAAAUUGCGACAACAUGGAAUGAAAUUGACAUGAACUUGUGGUAUGAAAUGCGAGGAAGUAAACGGGAGACGAACGAGGGCGGCGGAUACUUGAUAAACUUCCCCUCGCUGGGUUUGUGAUUCUGCCAGUCGAGUGCCAUAGAGCUUACGGACAUAUUAAAUCUGUGUAUUCAUUUAUUUCUAAAACAACAUCAAUUUAGGCUUAGGAUGUUCCUCGUCAUCAGAACACGUCGUCUAUUCAUCGAAUGCAAUAUAUUUCUCCCUGAUGUCUCGAUUUCUCGAGAAGGAAUGGGCUUUUUGCUCAUCCGAUUCGUCUUCUGCCUUCUCAAGAGCUCGGCAUUCAGACGAUGCCGUCAUACAUAGAACAUGCAGUGAUAUCGUCCAACCGUGCGUCUACUCUCCAGAGGAACACCAAAUCAGUCAAUUACCCAGGUUAAGUCCGGAUCUUAUAUGGUCCAGAAACACAGAACGAUGGAUAGAUAGAUAUAUAUAUCUAUAUAUAUACAUAGAGAGAGAGAGAGAGAGAGAGAGAGAGAGAGAGAGAGAGAGAGAGAGAGAGAGAGAGAGAGAGAGCAAGAGCUAGAGAGAGUGCAAGGCAGAGCGAGAGAGAGCGAGAGAGAGAGAGAGAGAGAGCUGCAUGCCAAGGCGCGGACUCCCGGGAAAAAUGGGGGGAGCCGAAGGACCUGCGGGAGAGGAGGCGUCCGUCCUGAAAACCGGGAAGCGGUUUUUGUUCUCUUCCGGUUAUCUUUAAUCGCCGGCGCAGCGCACAGUCGACUGACCGCUUGGACGGUCGAAUUGAUCACGUGGUCAGGCGGGACCCACCAACGGAUCCCACGCGCCAGCGGGGCCACGCACGUGGCGAUGGUUGACUACAUUGCUAUGCGACGGAGGGUGGUCUUCCUCUUUUUUUUUGCAAGCGACAUUGUUUUGAAAAUAGAUCUAUUUUUGUUGAUAACUACGUAAAUACCAUGUUUCUUUCAAAGCGACAGUGCACCGUGAAUAGGGAUCGUUUGGUGAAUGCACUGUAGACACGGGGAGAGAAUCUGGCAUCUUCUGAAGGACGACCCUAAAAAUGUUCGGACGUGUGAAAGACUGCCUUCGUCUCUCUCUCUCCCUCUCUCUGAGAACUUUCAGCUUAAAUCCCGAUCCUCCAAGAAGGAUCCAUAGCCUCUGCACAAUCAUUUUCCAUCUCCAUCGACACUUUCGGGGCUUCACCUUUCCUGGAGCCGCCUCGCAGCACGACAAGCCUCGUCAAAGGAGCUCAGUGGGGUUUCCUCUCCGCCAAACUACGAUCCCACAGCGUCAGGUCCAAGAUGUGAGGGCUUUAUCUCCUCAUCCCCAGUUACCUAGCUUCAUGCAGAUGACGACCCACGAGGGUUUUUUCCAUUUUUCUUCUGUUUUCUUCCCUCCUUUUCCUGGUUAAUACGUACCUUGUAGAUCGUGGACGCUCGGCAGCUCCUUGUUUGUCUCUCUUCCAAAGGACAGCUCUUGCUCAUGAACCGUGCUGAUCGAUGCUCGGCAGCUCCUUGUUUUUCUUCUGUAUGAGGUGUUGGUUGAAGUCUCUGAUAAGAGCUCACUUUCUUCGAAUCCAAGCCCUCUAGAGCUCUCAGUACUCCAUACUGAAGGUUCAAAUGAAUUCCAAGUUGACGACGGGAGGAGCGAGUGAAGGGGAGACUCAUUCUCUUCCCCCCGGUUUUAGAUUUCACCCGACUGAUGAAGAGCUCCUCUUGCAUUACCUUGUCCACAAGGUCUCCGACAGUGGUUUCACAGGAAGAGCCAUCGCCGACGUCGACCUCAACAGAUGCGAACCAUGGGAUCUACCAGGUACCGCCUCAGAAGCUGUUUCUUAAUUUGUUUAGAUCUACCUGCAUGUCGGCGCCCGAGGAAAAAUAAUCCCACUAUGUUUCCCUGUAUGUUGGUUCCCGAGGAUCAUAACCUCGGCAAGAGAAACUGUCAGAAUUUUUCACAAGAUUUGGGUAGCGUUACUAGGUUUCUUGGACUCAUCCCGUAUCUCUCGUGUUCUCCGAUGUAAAACGAUGACUUCGAAGCGGCUGGAUUUGUGGUCUUAACGAAGGUGUUGUCAAUGGACAGGGAAGGCAAAGAUGGGGGAGAAGGAGUGGUACUUCUUCAGCCUGCAGGACAGGAAGUACCCCACCGGUGUUCGGAGGAACAGGGCGACUGAGGCCGGGUACUGGAAGACCACCGGCAAGGACAAGGAGAUAUUUAGCGGCGCCACAUCGCUGGAGCUCGUCGGAAUGAAGAAGACGCUCGUCUUCUACAAGGGGAGGGCUCCUCGCGGGGAGAAGACAAACUGGGUCAUGCACGAGUACCGCCUACUGCCCAAAUCUACCUCCAAGAAUAGAAAUGUCAGUGGAAAUCUUACACUUUUUCCCUCUAAUACCUAGAUUAAUGUAGUUGAGCCAACAUGCUUCCUCCCCCUCCUCUCUCUCUCUCUCUCUCUCUCUCUCUCUCCCCACCCCUCCCUCCCCCCGCAGACCUGGCCUCAGAGGCGUUCCACAUGCAUGCAUGAGCCCUACGAUUAGCCCCUGGAUCAUUUUGCUUCCACAUAAAGACGAGUAAUGAACAGCGAUGAAUGAUGUUAAAUUCCCCCGUUUCGAAUUCUCAUCUCCUGGAUAUAAAAUGAAUAAAUAUUACAGGAUGAACACAACGCCACACGGAAGUCAUCUUCAUUCCGUGUACAAGUAGUAAUGACCGGAGGCUCCCCUUGGUUUCUGCAGGAUGAAUGGGUAGUCUGUCGACUCUUCAAGAAGAGGUCGGAGGUGAAGAAGUCUCCCACGAACCAGUCGCGCCUCGGGAUGACAGCACACGCCAUGUCUCUGGGGACAAAGGGCGACCAACUCCUCCACCACAACAUCGGCGGCAUCGGCUGGACUUACGCUGAUCUCGUGGGGUUGACGACGGGGCUCUGCGGGGGCUCCUCCAUGGACUGCCUCUCCCGUUCUCAGUGGAGCUAUGCGGCCACGACGGCGGCGCUUCUGCCGGCGCCUAGCGCGGCGCAACACGUCCCGCGUUUACCCACGGCGCUUCCUCAGCUGCAUGUUGUCGGCGGCACGCCGCGUCCUGCAGGGCUCACCGAUAUCAAUGCGGAUGACGGCCGGGUCAGGUUUCAGCAGAUCCAGCAUUGCGUUGACCUGGACGGCUACUGGAUGUCGGGUUGACUCCAGAGGGAAUCGCCCUCAUGGAGAUUUUUCGUAUAUUGUUCACGUGGAUUACUGUCUUAGUUUGCUUGAGCUCGGUAAGUAUGGUGCGAGAAGAUUAAUGAUCCGAGUAUACCAAUAAAUGAUGGUAAAUUAGAUGGAAAUUUUUCCUAUUUUGUUUACGCAGAUUGCUGUGUUAGUUUUCUUGAGCUCAGUAAGUGUAGUGUGAGAAAAUUAAUAAUUUAGAGAUAUUAGUGACUGACAGUAAAUUAGAUGUCACUUGUGUAAUGGAACAUGUGAAUUUCUUGCUUACACGUUUCCCAGUAGGCAAAAAAUUGUCAACAUUUUCAUCAAAAUUUGACUUUCAUUACUCGUAAUGUUCAUUGAUUGUCGUUGGUUUAGGGUUUUAUUGAUAAGAAAAGAUAUUGAUGAAUAGGAUCUACUUGAUUCGCUCUUAAACUAUCUUUCAUUGUCCUAUUUAUACAAAUAUGCUAACAUUCAAAUACAGAUUUAAUACACGAGUAAAUCUAAAUUAAAUUUAUGUUCAUGGUAAUUGUCCUUGUACCUGGUUUGGACCCAUAAAGUAACAACAUUAUACCGAUAUGGUGAUAAUCAUUCAUCUCUUAUAAGAUUGCAAUGGACCAUUUACUAGUGCGUAACACUAUUAUUUGGAAGCAAGAGGCGUAAUUGUCUGGUGUCAUGUGCAACAUUAUAGACAUGAUAAGUCAAUUAGACUAUCACUUGCAUCUACCUAAGUGAUAAACAUUCUAGAUUUCAGUUUUGAAACGAUAUGUGGGCAGCAAGGAGGAUCUAUUAGAUAAUUGAUGAAAAUGUAUCACAUCAUUAAUCGGUGCGUAAUAUAGCAACGUAGUAGAGAGCAAAAGUGGAAAAAAUACUCAAUGGAUGACAUGACAUGUGAGUAUUAUGCACAUUUUUGGUGAUUCAAAGACCUUUUGUACCUAGGUAACGACUUCAAUGCUCACCCUCCGAUCAAGUGGAUAUGAUAUAUCGAAAUGGAGAGGAUGUGGGAUGAUUAACAAAUUACACUCUAUGAAUUUGUGGGUGUGCACAACGCCCAAGACAUAAGAAAUUUGCUAGAAGAGGUUUACCACUACUUCCGAGCGGGUGCACAUGCUGGAAGUGGAGAAAGAUAAUGCUUGCGAGCUUGUAUCUCUCCUGCAACGCGAGGUUGUGGUGGUAGAUCAUCAUCCAUCUCGAGCAAGAUUCAACGUAAAUCUAUGAGAUAAUACAUCCAUAUCAAUUUUCUAUUUCUGCCAUACCCUUCAGUACAUAUUGACUCUAUGUAAUAACAUAUUUAUUGGAGACUAAAUUUUUCAGACUAAAUGGGUGCGAAAUUCAGAGAGAGGUAGGCCACUCAAAGAUCAGAGAGAGAUUUUAGAUGAACAAGGAACAUACAGAUACCAUAGUCAGGGUAGAUUAUGAUGGAUGUUGUGGCUAGUGUGAGAGGUUUGUAUGGAUUGCGAGCUUGAGAUGAUGAUGAUGAUGGCUCCAGUGAAAGAAUUUUCCCCGGAGACCAAGUAGGAUCGUCAGCCAGCUUCGCCGCCAUCUGGGUGGGUGCGGCUUCCAGGGCCGGGCUCUGAUCUGGUUUCCAAGGUCAAGCGUUCUAUUCCGGGCGCAUCUGGGUCAACCCCAAUCUGGCCCGGUCAGAACCCGGCUCCAGGGAGAGUCAUUAAUCAAGAACAGCGCAGAUCCCACUGUUCACAUAAUCCGAUCAAUUCCACAGGAGAUGAUCUGCCCAGUUCCUCCUACUUCUCCUCGGGGUGAACACCGCCCGUAGGACAACCAAACGGAGGAGAGAGAGAGAGAGAGAGAGAGAGAGAGAGAGAGAGAGAGAGAGAGAGAGAGAGAGAGAGAGAGAGAGAGAGAGAGAGAGAGAGAGAGAGAACAGGAGAGAGGGAGAGCAGUAG